AUGGAAAUCAAGAAAGCAACAAUCAACGAGUCCAAAACUCAAGAAAAAAGAGUAACAUACGAAGACCACAAGAUUACCAAUGUACUUAGAAAUGCCAGGGACUGAGUCUCCAAUAAUUUUAAAAACGAACAAGACCAUAAAGCCGCCUAUAAACACAGGAACAGAUCUCAGAAUAUUUGCAAAAACCCGGAUGAGCUCUUGUCAGGGAUCUCUGACAUCAUCAUCAACUCAAAAAUGGGUGUAAACUUCACUGGCAAGGAGGAUAAAGUCGACUGGGGUGUACUAAGUAAAUCAAUCUUAAACAAGUUUGCUCCCGGCCAUAGCAUGCUAAACCAUCAACUUGAUCAAAUGAAAUCUCACCAAGCUAAUUUUCAGAAGAAAAUAGAGAAGAAUAAUUUCAAAAGGAGAGCAAAGUCGAAGAAAAUUGCUAAAGUGGGAGAAGUAGCCCCAAUUUGCUCUGGAAAUGGCUUCCAGAAGCUUGUAGAGAAGAAACAAAAGAAGAGAGAGCAGAUUUACUCUCAUAAUCCAGAACUGAUGAAGGUAGCUGAACUUCAAGACACACAUGAAAUGAAUAAGCUACAGCUUGAAAUGAUCAUGAAUGGCAUGAAACAAGAUGAGAAUGGUAAUUACAUUCUUCGGUCACAUAAUACGAAGAAGAAUGAACAUCAAUUCAAGAAGGUCAAAUCCAGAUUCAGGAAUUACCUUGGGUCUAAGUGAAGUUCUAGGAAGAAGCUCUGAAAAGCAUCAAACUGUUCAUCAGGAAAAUCAUCCCAAAGAUCAAUUAAAUCAGAGGCACAUCAGCAUAAGUACGAGUCUUUCAAAGUUCCAAACAAAAAGAAGAGCAAAUUUGCUGUUGAAAUAGUAUCGUUGAAGCAUAAUACUGACAAGAAGAAGUCUCAUAAAUUAGCAGAAAAUGGAUUUUACCCAGGCAGCCCUAUGGCCACUCAAUCAAAAGCAAACCUUGGUUCCGUGUUGCAAUCAAGCUAUUGUCCCCCAGAAAAAUUCCUUAAAUCCAGGAUUGAAGAACAAGCUCUAACAUUUGCAAAGAAAGAGGCUAAGAUCUUUUCCCAAGAAGUACCCUUAACAACUGGCAUGGGAGAUUCAGAGCAAGUUCUUUCAUCAGAAAACACUCUUAAAUAAGCCACGGUGCUGUAAAAUUGAGGAAACCUCACACUUCUUGACCUGAUUCACCCAAUAAUGGUUAGGAUUUCAGGUGAAAUAAUUUGACCUCUCUAGAAAGGUUUCAAC